AUGACUGCACCUACACACCUCGAUCCCAGCGAGCUGGGAACCAAAUCCUAUUGGGACGCGGCCUAUAGCACCGAGUGCCAAAACUUCGCCGCGAACGCCGAGGACGAGGGAACGAUAUGGUUCAGUGACGCGGGUGCCGAGGAGCGCAUGUUGUCUUUUCUUGAGGAUCUCGGCGAUGAAGGCCACGUACACAAAGAAGGCGAUGAGGGCGACAAGAAAGCUGCACGAUUCUUAGACUUGGGAACAGGGAAUGGACAUCUACUGUUUGCGCUGCGGGAAGACGAGUGGAACGGCGAGAUGGUGGGGGUUGAUUACUCUGCGCAGAGCGUUACGCUUGCGACGUCAAUCCGGGAUGCAAAAGAUGCUUCUUACAAGGACAUUGCGUUUCAUGAGUGGGAUAUCCUGUCACAGCCACCGGGCGCAUGGUUGGGCUCUGGCUUUGACGUUGUACUGGACAAAGGAACGUUUGACGCUAUAUGCUUGUCACAAGAGGAAGACGCUCAAGGUCGCAGGAUCUGCGAGGGAUACAGGGAAAAGGUCGAGCCCCUCACGAAGAAGGGCGGCCGAUUUCUCAUAACGAGCUGUAAUUGGACAGAAGAGGAGCUCAAGGGCUGGUUUGGAGGAGGAGAGUUCGAGUUUGAGGGAAAAGUCAAGUACCCCAGCUUUACCUUCGGAGGCAAGACAGGCAGUAGUGUUGUUACGCUCUGCUUCAAGAGGACGUGA